AUGCAGCGCCUUAUCAACAAAUCUACAGCCAUACGGCCCAGGGUUAUAUUCUCAGGGAUCCAGCCUACUGGCAUACCGCACCUGGGCAACUAUGUCGGCGCCUUACGGCAAUGGGUGCAGCUGCAACACCAUGAGCACAAGGAUACAAAGCUGAUAUAUUCCAUUGUCGACCUCCAUGCUAUUACCACGCCCCAAUCGCCGGAAAAAUUGAAGCGGUGGAAGAGAGAAAGCCUCGCCGCGCUUUUGGCAAUAGGAAUUGAUCCAGAGCGGUCCAUUCUCUUCUACCAGUCUUCCGUACCUGCUCAUUCAGAGCUCAUGUGGAUCCUAGCCUGUACAGCGUCUGUUGGAUAUCUCUCCCGGAUGACGCAAUGGAAGCAAAAACUCAACCUUGCACCAAAUUCACACAUGGAAGACCGGCCGGCUGAAAGCCGAUUGAAGCUUGGGCUUUUCUCCUAUCCAGUCCUCCAAGCUGCUGAUAUACUCGUCCAUAGGUCCACCCAUGUUCCCGUUGGACAUGAUCAGCAACAACACCUCGAAUUCGCCCGGGACCGAAAACUAUUACUCGCUAAUCACACAGCGUAUCCAGCCCCGGUGCAUCGAGUCAUGUCCCUCUCAGACCCAACAUCGAAGAUGUCCAAGUCACACAAACUGGCUCGUUCACGAAUUCUGAUCACCGAUACCCCUGAUGAGAUUAGACUCAAAAUUUCCUCCGCCCUGACUGACUCCGUCCAUGGAAUAUCCUAUGACCACGCUCUAAGGCCGGGUAUAUCAAAUCUCCUGAGCCUCUUCUCUAUAUUCGACGCGGAGAAACGAAGCCCUGAGCAGCUUGCACAGGCAUACAGUGAUACUCAUCCUCGCUUGUUCAAGGAUAUGGUAUCCGAUGCGGUCAUUCUUGGACUGCAGGGCAUUAGGACUCGGUAUAUCAAGCUUAUUGACAGCGAUACCCAUUAUUUGGAUCAUGUGGCUGCUGACGGUGCGCGAAAAGCAUUGCAAAGUGCGGAAGAAACAAUGGGCAUGGUGAGAACAGCUGUGGGACUGUGA